AUGGUUUUUAGUGCUCAUAGAGCGUUCAUCCUUCUUAUCUGCAUUGGGUUCUUAGCGGUUCAGCCAGAUAAAGUUUCUGGCGUGAGAAGAACAGACCUUGCCCCCAAACCAGGCCAAGAAGUUCGUGGUGCACUGGCACAGAAUCGACGUAUUCUUAAGGAUGUCGCCAUGGAGGGAAUGAACACAGAGAAGAAGUCAGCACGUGUAAACAAGAAGUUUGAUCCAAAUGAAUCAAGCAAACGGAGAGUGCGAAAAGGAUCAGAUCCUAUCCACAACAGGUCUUAA